AUGAAUAAAGAAACAGCAAUCCAUAAGGACGGAGAAAGAUACGAAAGCUUACAGGGAGUAUCAAAACUUAUCCAAACUGAUUCCCACUUUAUCUUGUUCAAUACCGCUGCAGCGUUAUCCAGACAAUCGACAUUAGCCUUUCCGGCCGGUGGGUCUGUGAUAUCCUCUGCGAGCGGAGAUGGGCCCAAUUUGGCGCGAGGCCGGUUGCUUGUUACAGCCCAUCCUGGCCAUGCAGCCAUAACUUUGUAUCUUACAGGAUCCCGUCAUGUCCACGGUGUCAUGUCAGCUACAGAUCUAAAAGAAAUCGACCGGGGAUUCCUAGGUAUUCUAGAGAAAUCUGAAAGAGAUUUCACCAGAUCUUUGAAAAACGUCUAUAAGUUCUCCAUAGGCGCAGAUUACGCGAAGUUCAGGGAAACUAAGUUACGAGUUGAAGCAAAAACUUCGAGUGUAUCACCAAAGCUUUGGAAACGAUCGAUAACAGGACCUGGCGAGUCCCUGCCGGCAGAUCGUGUUAAAAUAUUUCCCGUCAGGUGA